UGCCGGUAAGCUGAAUGGUAGGAUUUGAGACUAAUAAUAAUAUGACCGCUACACAAGAAACAUUAGGAGAAAGGCAUGUUGAAAAGACAGAAGUCAUGAAUCAGGUCAAACUAAAUAUUGGGGACGUGCUGCCGGCCCAAGCCAAUGAAAAAGGCAGUCAGCUAGGCCAGCAGACAGCAGAGCAUAUAUUUGAAUGUGAUCCGGAAUUAGAUCCAUGGGCUCUGCCUGAACUGAAGGACCAAGGGGUCAAGUGGUCAGACCUCUCCGGAUCAGGAAAAGCUGUACGAAUACUCCAGUCUUUUCUCAAACUUGGAGCCCUGUUGUUACUGCUGUACAUAUUCAUCUGUUCACUGGACUUUCUUAGCUCUGCAUUCCGUCUUCUUGGAGGAAAAGUAGCAGGAGAUGUUCUUUCUAAAAAUGAGUUGUUGUCCAACCCUGUCGUGGGAUUAAUGAUCGGUGUUCUUGUAACUGUUUUAGUGCAGAGCUCAUCAACUUCUACAUCAAUUAUCAUCACAAUGGUGGGGGCUGACUUAAUAAAAGUGCAGAGUGCCAUCCCUAUUGUGAUGGGAGCAAACAUAGGAACUUCCAUGACAAAUACUGUUGUUGCACUGAUGCAGGCAUCAGAGAGAAACGAGUUUCGUCGGGCUUUUGCAGCUGCUACAGUACACGACAUGUUUAACUGGUUGACAGUAAUUUUCCUUUUACCCCUAGAGGCCACUACAGGAUACUUAUACCAUCUGACAAGUGAAAUCUUGAAAAAUACAAAGUGGGAGCAAAAUAAAGAAGCAGAUCGGGAUUUUCUUAAAAAGCUGACCAAACCAUUCACAAAAACUAUAAUUCAGCUUGACAAAAGUAUUAUAACAGCAAUAGCCAACAAAGAUGAAACAGCCAGAAAUAUGUCUCUCAUCAAACGAUGCUGCAAAAAGAAUGGAACUGAUUGCAUCAGUGAAUGCACUUUUCUUCUGAAAGACUUGAAUUGGAAUGAUUCCUUUAUAGGACUUCUGUUGUUAGCAGUAUCUUUAAUUCUUCUCUGUACCUGUCUCAUCUUACUAGUCAAACUUCUCCAUUCCAUGCUGAAGGGUCGCAUUGCUGUUGUCAUUAAAAAAAUAGUUAAUGCAGAUCCCCGUUUCCCCUUCUCCAUGUUUGUAGGUUACAUUGCCAUUUUUAUUGGAAUGGUCAUGACUAUUCUUGUGCAAAGUAGCUCAAUUUUCACUUCUGCACUUACCCCUCUAGCAGGUAUUGGAGUCAUAUCCCUGGAAAGGAUGUAUCCUCUAACCUUAGGGUCCAACAUUGGUACAACUGCAACAGGGAUUCUUGCAGCUUUGGCAGCAGACAAGGCACAGAUAAAAAAUGCACUCCAACUGGCAUUCUGUCAUUUGUUCUUUAACAUCAAUGGAAUCCUUCUGUUCUAUCCUCUCCCUUUUAUGCGUUUCCCUAUUAUCCUGGCAAAGCAGUUGGGUAACAUCACUGCUAAGUACCGAUGGUUUUCAAUCCUGUAUCUCCUCAUGAUGUUCUUGUUGAUUCCUGCUAUUGUAUUUGGUCUUUCAGUAGCUGGUGCAAAUGUUUUACUUGCUGUAGGACUUCCUAUUCUGUUGCUGUUCUUCCUUAUAAUUGCAAUCAACAUUAUCCAGCAAAAACGCCCAAGUAUUCUUCCAUUAGUCUUGCAAGAUUGGAAAUGGCUUCCAGAGUGGCUACAUUCCCUGGAUCCUUUGGAUCGAAUCAUUUCAAGAUUAUUUGGAAUGUGCAAGUUUUGUAGCUUUAUUACUAACACUUCCAGAGCUCAUGAUGCCAGUAUGUUACCAAUACCAGCAAAUCCAUCCCAAAUAAACUUCUUAGAUACUCAGCGUUCAUCUUCUCCUUCAAGUGAUGUUAUUGCUUUGCAUGGUGUGGAACAUAAUGCUUUUGGCUGGAAUCAAAAGAAGUUGUUAUCUGCACCAAACACAUAUUUAUGAAGUAUCUUUGUUUUAUAAUGAUUAUUAUAAAAGGACAAUUCUCAAAAGACUAAACCUCAUUAUGUUUUAUCUGUAUGUGUAUAAUAAUGUUGUUUAAAAUCCUGAGGCAUAAAAAUAAGAAAUUAUGAUAAUUAUCAGUGAACAAGUUCGUAAAAUGGGGUUUGAGCUGAUGGUUACUGGUUUAUAAAGCACAUUAAGGCAUUUUAACAACAGUUUUAUCUUGUUAUCAGUUUUAUAGCAGCAAACUUUUGUAUCUAAAACAUUGUUAAAAUAUGUACUUUAAAAAUCAACACAAGAACUUUUUACGUACACUUUAUGCUUAGUUGUAACGUUAAUUAUUUUUUUUAUCAGUUGCUACAACAGCUGAUUCACAUUUAUUGUGUCGUUUUGUUCACAGUUCCACAAUAUUCUUAGAAAAAUAUUACAGAAAUAUUGAAGUUAAGAAAAAAUUAAUAGACUAACGAUAUUUUGAAAAGAUUUGUACAGAGUUUAACGGAUAAAAAAUAGACACAAAUUAGUAUAUACAUUCUUAAUUUAAAGUCGUAACUACCACCCAUUGUCAUGAAUAUAGCAUUUGUAACAAAAAGGUGCAGCUACCACUCAAUUUGGUUGAUAUAACACUAGUAACGAUUUGUUAGUUUUUAUUAUAGCAAAGCCAUGUUGGGCUAUCUCCUGUGUCCAUCGCGAGGAUUAGAACCCCAAAUUUUAGUAAUAUACGUCCAUAGACUUACCGCUGUUUCACUGGGGGACCGCUUGUAAUGAAAAGGUGUAAUUAACAACCAGUUUAAUUGAUAUAGCACUCAUAAUGAAAGGGCAUAACUACCACAUCAGUGUGACUUAUGUAUCAGUUACUCUUGAAACGAGUACAUUCUUAUAUCAAAUUAGAAAACAAAUUGCACAACACUAAACGUAUAAGUGUUUUUCUUUUUUAUUUAAAUUUUUACAAAAGGCAUAAUUAUAAUAUUUUUACUGGAAUUUAUGGCACUCGAAUUUCAGAAAUUUGCGGAAGCGUUAUUGUUCGAACGUGGUAUAGGUAAUGUGAUAAUCAUUAUUCAUCAGUAGAUGUAUCAUAUUUAUGUCUGAUCGUAAAAGAAAAUUGAUAUAUAUAUAUAUAUAUAUAUAUAUAUAAAUAAAAAAAUAAGGAUGACUACUCUACCGCUCUUUACUAGUAUUAGCCCCGAAACUUGUGCUCAAGUUAAUCAGUAAGUUUUUCACAGUCGAUUUAUUUUUUAUGCUUAUCAAAUACUUUUCUAUUUAAGCAUUCCAGAUUGUAAAUUACGAAAAAACAUUUGUGCGCGAAGAUAACUUGCUUUUUAAUUCUGCACCUGACUUGUCUGUUGAUCAGUAGUAAUAUUUUUGAAUUAAUAAAGACAGAAACUUAGUUGAAAAUUUUGAUCUAAUUGUCUUUACAAUUUUGGUAACGAAGCAUGUAAAUGAUGGAAGUCAUAAAAAAAAUCACAAGUAAGAAUAGCGUAUCACUUGCGUUUGGUUUUGUAUCCACCUUUCAAAAUUAACUUGUUCUUGCGUCCUGCAUCUUACAUUAUAGAUUAUCAUAUAACCUAAUAUUCAUUAGUAUUUUAUCUUUGAAAUACACUGUCAUUUAGUGAAAUAUUAACUUAAAUUUUAAGAAACGAAAAAGAAGGAAACUGGGGAAGUUCGAUGCAUAGCUGUUAUUGGUCUUCCCACCGAAUAUUUUAUAUUUGUUCGUAACUUACAAGUGUGCAGGUUUUGCUGUGUUGUAAAUAAUACAAAUAUUUUUCACCAUUUACUUGUGCUCAAAUAUGCCAAACGAUAAGAAACAUUUGACAUGAUUGUUUGUUUCUUUGUAAUUAAACACAAAGCUACACUAUGGGCCAUCUAUGCUGUGCUCAUACCGGGUAUCGAAACCCGUUUUUUAGCGUUACAAGUCCGUAGACUUGCCGCUGUGCCACGGGAGGGCGGGUCGUUGACACGACAGUCAAAUAAUUUUAUCAAAGUUUUUACUCAAUAAUAAAUGUUUUAAUUAAAAGGAUUUUUUUAAGUAUUCGUUGAUGUUAGCAAGAUUAGGCUUCACACUUGCAUCACUUUAUAUUUUGGACUAAUUUAGCCCGAUUACAGCAUUUUAUUUUGUCUAAGUUGUAUAUAAGCCUUUCAUUAUACGUAUAUAUAUAUCUUUCUUUCUUAUAAAGUGUAUAUAAUUGCUGUUCAGUAAAUAGCAAAAUCAUUCUAUUUAUCAAAUACUCCUAAAGAAGGUAAAAAGACUAUGUAAAAAAAUUAUAAUAAAUGAAUGAUUAUUGGCACAAAUAAUACAAAAGGAAUAUGUUUCUUUGUAUUUUGUCGCUAGAUAUUUUUGUAAGUCGUACAAAGCGUUUAUUGUAGGUAUAAAUGUAGAUGAAAGCCACAAUAAAAUGGAGAAAAAUU